AUGCAUGCAUGUAUGCAUGUAUGCAUGUAUGCAUGUAUGCAUGUAUGCAUGUAUGUAUAGGCAUGUAUGAAGUUCUGGUGGCCUGGGGAGAUGGACGAGCCACGAACGAGGAGGGGAAGAGCGCGGAAGAUGCCUCGCUGCGAGGCAUCGGUUCCCCGGCCUGCUUGGCUGCGGCGUCGGAGUGCCAGGCGGCCGACCCGGCCGCACAGCGUCUGCUGGACGCGGUAGCGUCGCUCAUGCCGCCGGGCCCCGUCGGCGCCUUCGCCGCCGCAGGCGGUCCCGACCAGUCGCUGGAGGGCGUCGUGACCGACUGGAGGGGCAACGAAGGUUUCGGGUACAUCCAGUUCCAGGACGGCAGGAGGGCCCGCGUCCUCAGGGACGCGGUACUCGGAGCAGAGCUGCGGACAGGCGACGCCGUGGUCGGCGACGUGGCGGGCGACGCCUCGAGCCCGGGCAGCUGGGUGGCGGUGAACGUGCGGGUGGCCCCGUCGGCGGCCGUGGAGGCGGACCUGCAGCGGAGCCUGGCCGCCGCCGUCGGGAGCCUGAUGAGCUCGGGGGCCCUGGCGGGCGGGCAGACGCUGGCGAGCCUCGGCCACGCCGUCCAGGGCGGGGAGGACGCGGUCGUCAGCGAGUGGAACGAGGCGGGCGGUUACGGCUUCCUGACGACGGGCGACGGACGGCGGGCCUUCAUCCACAGGAGCAUGCUCGGGCAGCUCCCUGGCCAGGGCCUGGCGGUGGGCUCCACCAUGCGAGUGACCGUCAAGCCGGACCCCAGGAUCAGCAUCGUCGAAUUGAUCCCCAUCGCCAGUGGGCCAGGGCAUCUCGGCCCCACCAGUCCACCCUCCUGGCUGGGGAUGGGCCCCGCGAAACAACAGUCAUAGAUGAUCCAGGGUUCCAGAACCCCCCCUCAAUGGCAGAGGGGUCGAGCCCCUCUGUCUGGAUGGGUACCCCCCGCUGUGGUCGUGGCCUUGUUGGCGUGGCGUAGUGUAGGGAUGACAUUCCGCUGCGUUUGCCGAAAGCUCUCCAAGACAAGGUCGAAGGGUCCCGUGGGAUUCGUUCCCUGAGGUCGUCUUCGGCUUCAGCUUCGGUGUCGGCGUCCGCGUCCGUAGUCGUCGUCGUCGUCGUCGUCGUCGUCGUCGUCGUCGUCGUCGUCGUCGUCGUCGUCGUCGUCGUCUUUGUCGUCCCCCAUCCCAUCUUAGGGGGGGGGGUCCUGAAGAGCCCGGGGCCCAUCCUAUGGGGGGGGGCGCUUGUGAAUCCUCGAUCCUGGAUCACAUAUCCCAUCUAGGCGGGGAAAGGAUCGGCCAAGCGACGCCCACAGGAACCCCGGCAAGUGGACGGUCGACCAGGUUGUGGCGCAGCCGCCGGGGGCGCCGCAGGGCGCCGCACCCCCCAUGGGCGACACCGCGAGCGGCACCGUGGCCAGCUGGAACGAGGACGGCGGUUACGGCUUCCUCGACAUGGAGGACGGCAGGAGGGCCUACAUCCACCGGAGCAUGUUCGGGGGCGCUGGCAGCCUCGCCGUGGGUUCCCGCCUCCUCGUCAGCACCAGACCUGACUCCCGGAAUCCUGGCAAGCUCUGUGUGGGAGAGGUGCUGGCCGGAGACAUCGUCGACUCAGGCGCCGGGCCUCCCGCGAAGAGGGCCCGCCCGGGCUGAGCGCGCCCGUCGCGGCUCCCGGGGCGCGCGGCCGCGCGUCGACGCUCCGCGGCGGCCGCGGCCCCGCGCGGCAUC